AUGGCGGAAACGCCAUCGCCGACCACAGAAGCCGCCGAAUGUUCUAGGAACGAAACGUACGAUUUUUCGCGGUACGCCUUGAUUGUAUACCUCGGGACGCCGAUCGCCGUCGCCGGGGUCAUUUGCAAUUGGAUUUUGUUUGUUAGUUUUUUGAUUUAUUAAAAUUUGUCCUUGGAGCGCACAAUAGCUCUUUUGACGGCUGUUUUUUCACAGUUCUUUUUUUUCUGUGAAAUCGAAAUAGUCUUAAAGUUUGAAUUAGGACCUUCCUAAUGGAUUUUAUGCUUGUGGUUUAGGUAAUUUUUUUGGAGAGUACAUUUUAAUUAAACAUUUUUCCUUGGAGCGCACAAUAGUUCUUGUGACGGCUGUUUUUUUCACAGUUAUUUUUAUUUUUCUGUGAAAUCGAAAAAAAUUCUUGAUUUUGGAACUAGGAACGAUCCUAAUGCGGUAACUCCUUCAGGUUUAGAUAAUUUUUUUGAAAAAGUAAAAAUAUAAUUAAAUAAUUGUCCUUGGAGCGCACAAUAGUUCUUAUGACGGCUGUUUUUCCGCACAUUCUUUUUUUUUUUAGAAUCCGGAACUUCUUGAUUUUCAAACUAGGAACGUUCUUAGUGCGAUUUAAUGCUUUAGGUUUGGUAAAAAAAUUUUUUUGAAAAGUAUUUUUUUAAAAAGUUUUUUUCAAAAGAUUUUCAGUGGAAACGUCUUUUUGACGGGGAAAAAAAGGUGUAGGAAGGUAGAAACUUUGGAAAAAUACCUUUUUUUCGAAACUCAUGAAAAAGGGACAAUAAUAACUUUUUGAACCUUUUUUUAGUUCAUGAAAAAAACUUUUCGAUGCUUCUAGAAGACUUUUUUUAAUUUAUUAUUUCCCAAUUUCCAGAGACUUUUCCUGAAGACAAAGUCCAGAAAAAAACGCCAGCCCUGUAUCUUCUUCUUCUAGCAGUUCUAGGUAAUUUUUUUCAAAUGCACCUUCAUUUUUUUAAUUUGAAUUUUUUUCAGAUCUUUCAAUCGAUCUUUUGUACAUACCCUUUUUCACUGUCGACGCCCUAGCCAUUUACAAUGAAUUGGAAUUUUUGUAUCAUGUUUGGCACUACUACGCCAUGUUUCUUUUUGGAUUGAGUAGGAUGGGUGAGUUUGAUCAUUUUUGAUAGAAUAUGAAUGAUAUGAAAAAAAAUGAAAAACUUUUAAUUUUCUUGUAUCUCAAUCUGAAGAGGAAAAACUUUUCAUUUACUUGAAAUUUUAAGUCUUUCAGUUGCAAAUGGGAAAAUUUUUAGUGGCCACUCAAGAGGCUCGUUAAAGACUACUUGGAAAGGACACUAAAGUGGCCACUAAACCCACCUCUAUAGUGACCACUAAUUUGAGUGACUACUAAAACGUGAAAACCCUAUAGUGGCACCUAAAAAUUUUUCCCAAAAACCUAAAAAAAUUUCUAUUGAAAAAUUUUUCGAGUUUUAGAUUUUCACAUGAGGAUUAAAAAAACGAAAAAUUCUUUUUUUCUGCUGUUUCGAAUAAAAAUUCCCUAGAAAUGCCCAUUUCUUUUUCUUUCUAGCUACAUUUCCUUGCCAAAAAUCUAUUUCUCAAUGAGAAAUUCUCUUAUAUUUCAAGAAAAAAACUGAUCAAAAAAAUCAAUAUUAAUCCAAAAAAACUUGAAUCAAGUCAAAAAAAUCUGCCUUCACGAAAAAUUUUUUUAACGAAAAAAAUCAAAAAAACAUUUAAUUUUUUUGAAACAGGAAUAUACGAUUUUUUUCGUUCAAACUGUUCAUUCUCCAUGAUUUCAGUCCAAUUCGCAUCAACUUAUUUAAUCGUCUGUGCAACGAUUGAACGGUUCAUCGUCGUCGCGGAAAUAAAAUCGCUCCAAUUUCUGAUCACGUUCGUUUUUUCUAAUAAUCAGUUUUAAAAUGAUUUUUCCGUUUCAGUGUAAACGGCCGCUAUGCGACAAUUUUCCUCACGAUUUUGUUUCGUUUUUCUCAUGCGUCUUCCGGCUUUUUUCGAAUAUUUCAUCGAAUAUCGGCCCGAUUGUCCAGAUUACAUGGUUAGUGGCUUUCGGAUUCGUUUAACUGUUUUAGAAGUCCCUAAAGUGCUCCAUGGAGGAAAAAAUUUGAGUGGUCCCUAAAGGGGUUUAUAGUCCGAUCCCCUUGGCUUGAGUGGUCACUAUAGUGGUUUUUGAGUUUUGUUCUGAUUCGAAAUGUAAAAAAUACGUAUUAAAUGAAAAUCAACUAUUUUUUUGUCAAUUCAUACAACGCUAAUUUGUGAGUUUUUCCGAUUGAGUAACUUUUUUUGAAUUUUAGAGGGGUCCCUCUAGGGGAUAGAGAAACAAACAGCCCCUAUAGAGGCCGAAAAAGUAGUCCCUAUAGGGAAAAAACCAAAGUGGUCUCUAUAGGGAUUUAGGGUAUUUUUUUGCAUAGAGUUCAUAACAAUUCGCGACCACCAUGUCCCCUAUAGAGGCCACUUUCGCAAGUUUAAGUAGCUCCUAGAGAGUUUAAUAAAGUGGUCCCUAGAGGGACCCUACAAGGGCUUCUAAGGUUGCCCCUCAAGUGACCACUCUGGAGUUCCUAAGAACAUUAAGGAAAUAACAUUAAAGGGAAUAUGUUCCUCUAAAAUGACCACUUUAGGAGCCACUUCCCCAAGUUUUAGCGCUUCCAUGUAGAGAUUAGGUGGCCCCAAAGGGGAAAGCUCUUCAGUUGCCCCUUUAGUGACCCCUCUGGCGUUCCUAAAGUUUGUGGAUUGGCUAUAAUUUUAACCAAAUUCCAGAGCUACGACUACAUUCCCCUUCUGAGCGCUUGGGACCAGUUCCAACUGUUCAACUUCUACGCGAUGACCGUCCUGCACACGUUCGUGCCCUUCAUUCUCCUCCUCGUCCUCAAUAUUUCCAUCGUCUGUGUGACCAAAAGAAAACUCAGCGGAAUCGGCUGGGCCGUCACGACCUUCAUUGAUAUGCCCAAAGUCAGCGAGCUCAUUCGGAAAGGUCAUCCUUAUAUCCAAUAAUUUUUGAACGUUUAUAAAAAUAUAUUCAUUUUAGAACUCAGAGAUUUCUCAAUACCUCUUGCAAGUGUUCAAAUCUGUUUUCAGAGUCAGUCUCCUCCAACAAAAGAAGACGUGACGAGUUGCGAUAUGCGACCUGGACGAUGGUCUCCAUCGCCACGACUUACCUUUGCUGUUCCUCCUUGUCUUUGUUUGUUUCGGUUCUGGAAAACGUCUGGCCGGACAAUGCUUUAUUGUUCACCGAAGAAGGAAGCAGGUGAAAAAUUUUUCAAAAAAAAAGAUUAUAUUUUUUCGAAAGGUUGACAAAAAUUCUGAAAUUGUCCACCACAAUCACAUUUCUUAGCCCAAUUUUGACGGCUUUGCUGUUUUUCUCUGCGCCCUCCUAAUCUCUCGCCGACACUCUCAUGCUAUUUUUAGUUUUCUCUGACCGAUGAGGGAACAGAGAGACGCAGACACGCGAAAAAUAAAACUCCAAAGUGAUCUCUAUAGGGGCAACCUUUAAGACCCUUGGGGGUUUCCCUCUAGGAGCCAUUAAUGUUUGCAAAAGUGGUCCCUAUAGGGGACAUGCUAGUCAAUAACUGUUAUGAACUCUAAGCGAAGCAUCUCCAUAGAAAAACUGAAUAAAAGCGUUUUUUGAAGGAGAUUGAGUCAGGUGUCAGUCCCUAAAUCCCUAUAGGGAUCACCUUGAUUUUCCUCCUAUAGGGGCCAUUUUUUCGACCCCUUGAAAAAGAGUUUCCCUUCCCCGCCCCCCCUAACCUUUAUAGUGACCACUCUGGAAUUCCUGAGUAGAGUAAUUUUUUUCAAGAGCUGUUUUUUUCCCGAACCUCUAUCAUUUUGAAGCUCAUAAGAUUUUUAAAUGUUACUGAUUUUUCAUUUUUUUUUUGUAAGUAUUAUUCACCUUUUUGCAUUUUUCAGUACACGGUUCUACACGCUGGCCACUGACGCGGUCAGUAUUUUGGUCGCUGUGAAUAGUUUGCUUCGGAUUUUCGUCUACAUGCUCUGCAGCCCUAAUUUUAGGUUAUCCCAUCUUCAAAGAAUUCUCAAAAAUGAUAAUAUUCCAGAAAACAACUCCAAGAAGAAUAUCCGUGCCUGAAAGCCCUGGCUUGUCAUUGCGAGAAGGCGAAAUCCAUAGAAAAGGAGGAAAAAUUCGUCAUCGGCUAUCAAAAUCUGAUCAUGGGCGCUAGGGCGGACAUGCUCUGA